AUGGGGGAGGACUGCUCCAACACCAGCAACAAGCGCUCCAACCGGGCGGAGGGAAUCCUGAGAGCAUGGGCAACCCCUGCCCUGAAGGAGCAGUACGGCAAUGACCCUGUGGUCACGAAGAUCUGGAACACGACCAUGACAGAGUUGAAGUGCUGUGGAUUCACCAACUACACAGACUUUGAGGACUCCCGCUUCACACGCGACAACAACGGCAGCCUGCCCGAGGACUGCUGCCUGGGGAAUGGCACCUACUGCAGCCCCCAGCACGCCCCCCAAUGCUCUCUGCAGGGCUGCUUUGAGGAGCUCCUGGAGCUGGUGCAGACCAACGCUGACGUCGUGGGCGGGGUAGCGGCUGGGAUUGGUGCUAUGGAGAUUGCAGCGAUGGUGGUUUCAAUCUACCUCUACUGUCACCUGGACAACCGAGAAACCAUCAAAGCCUGA